UUGCAAGUUCUACUCAUAAUAUUUUUUGAGAAUUAGAAAAAUAAAAUUCAGAUGAUUGGCAGUCAUUUUUGUCGAUCUUUUUCUCAAAAUCCAAAAGGACAAUCCAAAUUAAACUUAAUUUUCUUUUGUUCGUCAAUAUUCUUUCAAUCUUCAUCAAAAUCUUUGCAAAUUUCUCGGUCACCGAUUCACCGGAAAAAAAAAAUGAAUCUUCGGUUGCUUAGAGGAUUGCAUGUUCGUGUUAGGCAAGCAAAGCUCGAAGACGGUUGUUGAUUCUCAGAACGAAGAUGGGGAUGCUACCAGUGAGUCUUCGACAUCAUCUUCUUCGAGAAUCGGGAAGAUAAAGGGAAAAAAAUUCUAUUUCAUUCAAGAUUUGGGUUAUUGUUGAUGCAAUUUGCCUUCAUGUCUUUUUCUUGAAUUAGAGUGGUGUAUGUUGUUUAGUGUUCAUUUCAAAAUAGGUUUUUGCUUGUCUGACUGAAUUUAAAACCCUGAAAACCCUAAUCGGCAAUUCUAUUUGGUAACGGGUUUUUACAGGUUAAUUUGUUUGCUAAAUUUCAAUUUAUGUAUUGGCUUUGAAUGAAAUUUGUUAGGGUGAUGGGGGUUAAUUGAGAUUUUGAAUUUUGGUGAAAUAAGUUUAUAAUUGAUAAUUGAUCUCUUGUUUUUAGUAAAUUGAGUUUAUUAAGGUUAAAACAAAAGAAAAAACAAUAUUACUUGUGUUUUCUAGCUGCUAAGAAAUGGUUUUCUGUUUAUUGAAAUCUUGUGCUGGAGCAGAUGAUGGGAGUAUCUGAUCCUGAUUAUGCUAUGCCUGAACGAUCUAUACCUUAAAAAAUGCCUUGAUGUUUGUGUAAUUGCACUUUAUAAAAGUAACUAUAAUAAAAGAGAGAGAAGAGUGGGAUGUUUCUGUCUGCAAUUUUGCAUUGUUUUCAUCUCUUUUAAUAAGUGUGCUCUUCUGAAUGGUGCAGAAUAAAUCAUCAAAUGACACCAGUCCGUAAGCAUUGAAUACUCUAAACAAAUUUACAUCUCAAAUUAAGAAGCCUACACACCGCAAUUAUUCUCCUCUGAACUAGGUCCCCCCGGAAAAAAGAUUGAUUCUCACUUGAAAAGAAAAAUAAAUAAGCAUGCUGCAGGUUAUAUCGCAGAUGUAAUAUAUAUAUUUUUUUCUGUUGAGCAUUUUUUUUAGUUUUUGACCAAAUGCUAAUGCAAGUGCUUUAUUUCAGGAAAGUAGAUGGCAUGAAUUUAACUCUUGAUGAGACCCUAGGAGAUUCAAAUCCUCAUUACUGCAGAGUUUUGAGAGAAAAAAUGACAGCAAGAGAGGCUGCACACAAGGCAACGAAGGCUUGUAAAGCAGCAACGGUGGAAGCAUCUGGGUGUAGAUUACUCCAAGAAGCCAGGAUUUGAAGCAAAGAAGCGGAAGAACUGCUACUAAAAGCUGAGAAAACUGCAGCUGAGGUUUAUGAAUCAGCAGCAGCCUUGGGAGUGAUAAUGUAUGAUAUACCUAACUGUCCUCAGAGUACUUGUCAGAUUGAAACAUCUUCAGUAAAUAUAGCAGGUUCUGCUAGUCAUACUGUUAGAGCAUGUUUUAUAACAGCAUUUGAGUUCGAUAAACAAGUGGCUGCUGCUGUAAAGACUGCAUUCGUGAGGCAUGCAUGUUGCCCCUCUUUUAGUAAAGAUGAAUUUAAAGACCUUUUAAAAAAAAUCAAUGAGAAUUCUGAUACAGGUGAUGGCAAUCUAGAGUCAUAGGAGUUCUCUUCAGAGUGUGAAUCAGAGCCAAUGUCAGAACUUGAGACAUUGACUCAAAAAGACAGUUUUAAGUCUGAAGACUUCAAUUGCAAGAUGUCGGAUGUGGAGUCUAGACAAAGGAAAUUCAAGAGGAGGAAUUCUCUUGAAAAGUUUAACAGUAACACGGAAAAACUUGUGGAAAUGAUUCUUAAGAGGCGUAAAUGUUUACAAGAGGAUGAACUUUCAUCACUUGCUACAAUGGUUGCAACAUGUGGUUUAAAUGCUGCCUUAGCAGAAGUAGAAAACAGUAAGCUACAUAAUUCAUGUUUUAUUGCUGAUCAUCCCUCUGCUUCAGCACUUAAUUUUUCUCGAAGAACAUCUUCAAUUCGAACAGGAACAGUAAGAAAAAUUAACCAAACUGGACAAUUUGACUUGGAACUCCCAAGUCUAGACAAGGUUUUGGCACAUGACCAAGCUUGAACGAGAGGUCCAGGAAGGAAGAAGCCGGAGGAAUGAGUCUAAAUAUGAAAGUGCUGAGGAAGAGAUUGAAGAGAAAGAAAAAAAUUUUCAAAGAGAAUU